GCCAUUCCCUCCGGGCUUCUUUCGCCAAACCAAACCUUGUUCAACAACUCUGUCAAGCCAGGGGUCAUCCACUGAUGAUGUUCAAUUCGACAACAACAGUGACUGGCAACUCCAACAGGUUGUGGCUAUAGCCACUACACAAUCUAUGAGUACGAGAAACUAUUCGCUAGGCUAGUCACGAAAUUCAUCCCCUCGUAAUAUUGAGACAUUUGUCCCUGUUUGACCUUGCGUUACAGACAAUUCUAACUAUAGACACAGUGCAUGGGUAACGCCUAACUUGACCCAUACCCGAAGAUUGGCAAAAGGCAAUGUUCAGGUAGUGCCCUGUUACCUUCAACCUUUCAGUCAUUCUUCAGCCUAACAACAUACUACUAGUAUUAAACCCAUUAUCACCGAUACGAGGUUAGCAGCUACGAAUUACAGUUCUCACCGAACAUCUAAGGACGGGGUACCAUCUUCAUAGAAAAAGCGUAUGACAUACAAGACUAUUAUGACUAACAAUACUUGUGGGAUUAUUUUGGUAUUUGGAAAAGGACAACAAGAACUCGAAAUUCAUCAGUUUUGAUAAAAGAUACACUUCGCAAGUUCAACAGUAAGAAGGCCAGUAUAAUAACGAAGGGUAUUGAGGCAAUGUCAUCCGAGGACAACGGGUACCUGUCUACAGGACUGGGCAUAAGGGGAGUUGUGCGCACUUUGGGGUUCAUAGGGAACAAAAACUGUCCCCAUAUCUACAACGGGGUCAGCUUCCCAAGUAUCGUACCAGUGGAAGGUCUGAAGGCUCUGGAAAACUUCGAGACGAGACCCGAUGAUGUGAUCAUUGUGAGCUAUCCCAAAUCAGGUUUGAAUUGGACGUAUGAGGUCGUAGCGCUUAUCCUAAACAACGCUGAUAUCAGGAAACCCAAACUCCCUCUCUUCACACAUGUCCCCUAUUUGGAGGUGAUGCAUGUCGAACACGGUAAAACGUACGCAGAGAUCCUCCGGGACCUGCCCUCCCCUCGUCUCAUCGCUACGCACCUGCGGUACAGCAUGCUGCCGCCAGGAGUCCGCAACAAUGGAACAAAGAUAAUCUACGUGGCGCGGAACCCGAAGGACGUAGUGGUGUCGUACUACCACUUCCACAGAAUGAGCCGGGUCCAUCCGGAUCCAGGCGCCUGGGACAAGUUCUUGUCAGAUUUCAUGUCCGGUAACGUUGUGUGGGGGUCGUGGUACCAACACGUGCUGGACGUGUGGGCCAACAGACAGAAACACAACAUCCUCAUCGUCAGGUACGAGGACAUGAAGAAGGAUUUCCCAGCAGCCAUCAGACAGAUCGCAGCGUUCCUCGGCAGACAGCUGACGGAGCCCGGGGUUCAGCUCAUCGCCAGUCACUGCUCCUUCGACUCCAUGAAGUCCAACCCCAUGACUAACGGCUCCAAGGUGCCCAUGGUCUUCAACAACGACAAGUCGCACUUCUUAAGAAAAGGAGUUGUUGGUGACUGGAUCAACCAUUUCACGGUAGCGCAGGACCGGGCGUUCGACUCCCACUACCUCCGAACCGUCGCUGUCAGGGGGAUGGAGUUCCAGUUCGAGCUGCUAUGAGCAUUAGGCAUUUCUGGACUAGCC